CUAUACAAUGAUGGGAGAUAUAAAGAGGCUGAAGAGCUAGACGUGCAAGUGAUGCAGAUGAGGAAGAGAGUGCUUGGCGACGAGCAUCCUAACACGCUGACCAGCACGAACAAUCUCGCCUUCACGCUGCAGUCGCAAGCUCGCCGCGAGGAGGCUCUUGCACUGAUGGAAAUAUGCGUCUAA